AUGGCAGACUCAACAGCACUCACCCCGGAAGAGGCGCACGUCCAGAGCCUCUUUGCAGAACACGAUCUCAGACCAAACACCUGGAUGCAGAUUGGCACGCCCCCGCGGCCCAUCUUCGUCGACCAGGACAUGUUUGACGCCUCAUACGCCCUCAUGGUCCUGCAACGCACGGCCAGGGUGCGCACCGGCAUGGUCACCCGCCGGCAGUCCGGGCGCCUGCCCUCCCCGGUGGAGCGGUACGAGGCCCCCGUCGCGGACAAGGUCUCCAAGAAGAAGCCCAGGGGGUCGAAGCAGACCCAGCAGGGCAAGGGCAAGGGCAAGGGCAAGGGCAAGAAGCAGGCCGCAAAGAAGGCGCCAGCCCGGGUGGCGGGCGGGAAGAGGAAGAGGAAGGAGGAGGAGGCUGAGACCGGCACGGGUGGCGGAGAGGCCAAAGACGUCCUGGCUGCGUAG